AUGGCGGAGACCAAGAUCGUGAAAGCAGGAAUGACCGCAGAGCAUGCUCGCUGGCCUGUCAUCAAAGUCAUUGUCCACCAGAGUGGUGAUGACGGCCAAGACACUGAUGUGGAACCAGACCCUGUCCGGAUGAAUGUCUUCUAUGUCCACCAGUACUUCCUCAUCGCGCACUCGCACUACUUUGCCACCAUCUUGGACGUUGACAAUCCUCUAACACCUCCCGUUGCCCGUUUGACCCUGUCGAAGCCGAUCUGCACCUCGGACAACACCGAAGGUCACUGCGUGUUUGGAGACUGGCUCAAUGCUAUGUACCAAGGGACAACCGAACAAAUGGACUCUAUCCCACUAAAGGACUUCGAGCUUCAACCACGAUUUGACUUUGCGGACAUGAUCGGUUCACCCAGCUUCAAGAACAUGAUGAUGGACACUAUUCAGCAGCGUGGUAUCGAAACAUGGACGGUGUGCCAAGUUAAUGGCUUGCAUCUGAUGCCAAAGAGUGCUUCCCUAUACGUCGACUACGCAAUCGAGUGUAUGGCAUACAGAGUCGUUACCAAAGGAUGGACUGGAGUCAUGGAUGCAGACCUCGGAGUGUGCGUGACGAAGUGGAAAGAGUUCUUCAGCGAAGGUCGGAACGUCGAUACCUUCAACGAACUCCUUGCCAGAGUGGACAUGCUGCACAAGGCGAAAGAUACCAACGAUUUGAUCAACCCGACCGAGGUCAAGGAUUGCAAGUGGCAUGAGCAUACCGAUGAGAAUAGAAAGGAGUGUCCAAGACAUCGAUCUAAGAAGAACCUUGGUGGUACCUCGCGCAUCACAGCUUUGACUGGAUGGAUUGAAUCGCAAGCCAGGAAUGUGUGA